UCCUGCUGUUUCUUAUUUCUCUCAGAAUUUGACCUGACAAUGGAGACGACUGCGGCUCCGGCUCCGGCACCGGCACAGGCCACCAACACCGCCGCGACGGCCACUCCAGCCGACACGAUCUGCGAGUACAUUGUGCUGCGCAAGAAGCGGCGGUGCCACAUGGAGCGCCAGACCGGCUCGCGGUUUUGUGGUGAGCACCAGUGGAUGGAUCCAGACCAAGUUCUCCAGCAGCAGCAGCAGCCGCAGCAGCAGCAGUCGCAGGGCCUUGCAUCGAGUGCACGCAAGCGCAUCCCGUGUCCGUUCGACAAUGCCCAUACGAUUUGGGAGGAUCAGCUGCGCAGGCACAGCACAAAGUGCAACUCGAGGCCUCAAGAGGUCAAGGCCGUGUACGAGGUUCGCGGCUGCAACGGCGGCUGGCAGAUGGGCGACACGCGACCGUUCCUGUCCCAAACCACAGUGGACGAGUGCAUUGCUGCAGAGGCAAACGCAGUCGCAACUGGAACGGCUGCAGGUAUUUUGGAACGCGCAUCCAAUGCCGGUGUCACGAUGCAAGUGCUGCAUCGCAGGUUUGGCACACCUGCCAAUGCCGCACCAGCUGAUGCAGCGCCUGCGAACAAAGCUGCGGCAGCCCCGACCGUGCUCGCACAAACAAGUCCCGAUUUCAUCCAUGCUGUCAUCGCCAAAGUCAAGGAGGCAGCUGCCAGACACGUCCAGCCCGUGCCGUUCAACGAGGCCUCCAUCCCCGGUUUGCUGGAUGCCAUCAUCAAGACACGGCAAACGGUCAAAACCAAGCUGACCAGGCACGAUGGUCAACAAGAUAGCCUCACGGCGCAACUGCGCGACAAUGGCCUGCUGGCGCCAGACAUGUGCUUUGUCGAAUUCGGUGCUGGGCGAGCUGGCAUGGGUAUUUAUGUUGCUCAUGCCAUUCCUGUCGAUCAGCGCAGCAUGAUUUUAUCGGUCGAACGCAUGGGGCCUCGCCACAAGCACGACCCGCACGCAAACACGCGACCCAAAUGCUACUGGGAGCGAUUGACCAUCGACAUUGCCGACUUGGAUCUCAAAGCUGUGCCUGCCGUUCGAGGCGAGCGAGCUGUCGCCAUUCCAGUCCAUCCCGGCUCGUCCCAGGCUUCGGUUGUCGCGACUGCCGGCCAAACGCAAUUCUUGCCCGCAGGCAUUGUCGCGAUUGGCAAACACGUCUGCGGCGCUGGCACGGAUCUCACGCUCCGUUGCUUGGAAAACUACCAGCGCCAUCUUGAUACCAGCGAACGGCAGACCAGCGACGAUGCUAUUCGAGAUUCCGACACACUGGAGGCUGCCGAUGGCGAAGAAGGGCCGCGCAAGCGCGUUCGAAUGCAGCCCGUGUCGUUACCACCGGUGGCGGGGCUCGUGAUUGCGCUGUGCUGUCAUCACGUCUGCAAUCCUGUUGAUUACGUGAAUCGACCGUUCUUGCAGUCAGUCAACAUCACCACCGACGAGGAAUUCAACAUUUUGCGACGGCUCGCCAGCUGGGCAACCUGCGGCUAUCGGCCGCGACGACCAAAGAAGCGGCAGGCGCAACAAGGCUCCUCUGCUGCAGCAGGUCCAGAGGAAACAGGUGCCGGCGAUGCGGGGCCAGAAGACGCCGCAGCCAGUGACGCACAAGCGGAAGAUGCGGCCACCGAGAACGAGCACGCGUCUGCCAACGAUGCGAUUGAAGGAGAUAGCUUUGGCACUGUGGAGGAGCGGACUGAAAUCGGUCGCCUGUGCAAGCGGCUGCUCGACCACGGGCGUCUGCUUUAUCUUCGAGAUCGCGGCUUCCAGGCGGAACUAGUCCAGUACACAACUCCUGAAAACACGCUCGAGAAUGUUGCAUUGGUUGCUCGCCGUGUCGCGUAGGCGGGCGCCUGGAUAGCGUUGUUUUGAUUAUCGAUGUUUCAUUUUGUUUGAACAAGAAAAACACAAAUCGGAUAAGCGCAA